AUGUGUGUUGACCAUGGAGGUGACAGUGACCACGUGUGUCCAAGGUUGAUCUCCCACCCUGGUGGUCACCAAGGGGGGUCAGUCCCAGCUGGGAUCUCCCACCCUGGAGGUGACCAUGGACGGUUGGAGGUGACAGUGACCAGCUGUGCUCAGUCCCAGCUGGGCUCUCCCACCCCUCAGCCCUGUUCCCACCAUUCCUGUCCCCCACAGCUCAAGGCCGUGCACGAGCAGCUGGCGGCGCUGUCCCAGCCCCAGCAGAACAAACCAAAGAAGAAGGAGAAGGACAAGAAGGAGAAGAAGAAGGAGAAGCACAAAAAGAAGGAGGAGCUGGAGGAGGCCAAGAAGAGCAAAGCCAAGGAGCCGCCGCCCAAGAAGGCCAAGAAGAGCAACAGCAACAGCAGCGCCUCUAGCAAGAAGGAGCCGGCGCCGGUGAAGCCCAGCAAAGCCGCGCCCGCCUACGAGUCGGAGGAGGAGGAGAAGUGCAAGCCCAUGUCGUACGAGGAGAAGCGGCAGCUGAGCCUGGACAUCAACAAACUGCCCGGGGAGAAGCUGGGCAGGGUCGUGCACAUCAUCCAGUCCCGCGAGCCCUCGCUCAAGAACUCCAACCCCGACGAGAUCGAGAUCGACUUCGAGACGCUGAAGCCGUCGACGCUGCGCGAGCUCGAGCGUUACGUCACCUCCUGCCUGCGCAAGAAGAGGAAACCCCCAGAGAAGCUCGACGUCCUGGCCGGCUCCUCCAAGCUCAAGGGUUUCUCCUCGUCGGAGUCGGAAUCCAGCAGCGAGUCGAGCUCUUCCGACAGCGACGAGUCGGACUCAGAAAUGGCGCCAAAAUUGAAGAAAAAAGGGCACUCGGGGCGGGAGCAGAAAAAGCACCACCACCACCACCACCAACCGGCGCCGCCGCAGCCGCCCCCGGCGCCGCCGCAGCCCGUCCCGGCAGCGCUGCAGCCGCCGCAGCCGCCGCCCGUCCCGCCGCCCGCCGCGCCCCUCAAGGCGUCGCCGCCGCCGCCGCCGCCCUUCGUCCCCGCCCAGGUGCCCGUCCUGGAGCACCCCUUGCCGGGGACCAUGUUCGACACCAUGGCCCAUUUCGGCCAGCCCAUGCUGCACCUGCCCCAGCCCGAGCUGCCCCCGCCCCACCUGCCCCCGGCACAGCCCGAGCACAGCACCCCCCCCCACCUCAACCAGCACGUGGUGUCUCCUCCAGCUUUGCACAACGCUCUGCCUCAGCAGCCCUCGAGGCCCAGCAACCGGGCGGCGGCGCUGCCCCCGAAGCCGCCGCGGCCGCCGGCCGUGUCCCCGGCGCUGCCGCAGCCGCCGCCGGCGCCGCUGCUCCCGCAGCCGCCGCUGCCGCAGCCGCCGCAGGUGCUGCUGGAGGACGAGGAGCCGCCGGUGCCGCCGCCGGUGCCGCCGCCGGUGCCGCCGCACCACAGCCUCCCCCUGAGCACCAGCCAGAUGCAGCUGUACCUGCAGCAGCUGCAGAAAGUGCAGCCGCAGACUCCGCUUCUCCCUUCAGUGAAGGUCCAGUCGCAGCCGGCGCCGCAGCCGCAGCCGCCGCCUCCCCCGGCGCUGCCGCCGCCGCCGGCGCACCCCGCGGUGCAGCCGCUGCAGCCGCCGCCGCGCCCGCUGCACCUGCAGCCCCUGCCCUUCCCCUCGCACCUGGCGCAGCCGCCGGCGCCGCCCCCGCAGCAGCAGCCGCAGCAGCCGCAGCAGCCGCAGCCCCAACCGGCGCCGCCGCAGCCGCCGCAGCCGGCGCCGGCGAAACCGCAGCAGGUCAUCCAGCACCACCCGUCGCCGCGGCACCACAAGCCGGAUCCCUACGGCACCGGUCACCUGCGGGAAGCCCCCUCCCCUCUCAUGAUGCCUUCCCCACAGAUGGCGCCGUUCCAGGGCCUCGUGCCUCAGUCACCCCCUCAGCAAAACAUCCAGCCAAAAAAACAGGAAUUGCGAGCGGCCUCGGUGGUGCAGUCGCAGCCGCUGGGCGCGGCCAAGGAGGAGAAGCUGCACUCGCCCGUGAUCCGGAACGAGACCUUCAGCCCCCCCCUGCGCCAGGAGCCCCCCAAGGGCCACCCCGAGGGCAUCAAGGCGGCCCCACACCUCCCCCAGCGGCCGGAGCUGAAGCCCCUGGAGGGGGCAGGACCCCGGCCCGUGAUCCGACCCCCGGAGCAAACCCCGCCCGCCCCCGACAAGGAGCGGCAGAAACCGGAGCCCAAAACCCCCGUGGCCCCCAAAAAGGACCUGAAGAUCAAGAACAUGGGCUCGUGGGCGUCGCUGGUGCAGAAACACCCGGCGGCGCCGGCGGCCGCGGCCAAGUCCUCGAGCGACUCCUUCGAGCAGUUCAAGCGCGCGGCGCGCGAGAAGGAGGAGAGGGAGAAGGCGCUGAAGGCGCAGGCGGAGCAGGUGGAGAGGGAGAAGGAGCGGCUGAGGAGGGAGCAGGAGAGGAUGAGGACCCGGGAGGACGAGGACGCCCUGGAGCAGGCCCGGCGGGUGCACGAGGAGGUUCGGCGGCGCCAGGAGCAGCAGCAGCCGCCGGGGCCCGGCGCGGGCGCGGUGCCGGUGCCGGUGCCGGUGCCGGUGUCGGCGGCCUCGGCGCCGCCGCAGCCCCAGAGCUCCCAGAGCUCCCAGUCCAUGCUGGACCAGCAGCGGGAAAUGGCGCGGAAGAGGGAGCAGGAGAGGAGGCGCCGGGAAGCGAUGGCGGCGACGAUCGACAUGAACUUCCAGAGCGACCUCCUGGCGAUUUUCGAGGAGAAUCUUUUCUAGGAGAGGCGAUUCCGGCCGGGAAUUUUGACUCUUUCCCAAAAAAAAAACAAAAACAAAAA